AUGACAGACGUCAAAAUGGCAAUGAGCGAUCUGCCGAAUGGCCAUGCAGUGCCAAGCACAAGCUCAGGUGCUGCUCCGACGACUUCGAGCUCCUCACUAUCUGCAGACGGGCCGGUGACGGUGACGCUCAAAGCAGGAGAGAACUCGUCCUUCAACGAGCUCACAUCUCAAGACUACUACUCGGAUUCUUAUGCGCACUUUGGCAUCCACGAAGAGAUGCUCAAGGACACUGUUCGAACGGAGACCUACCGCAAUUCGAUAUUGCAGAAUAAGCACCUGUUCAAAGACAAAGUCGUCCUUGAUGUCGGCUGCGGCACCGGCAUCCUCUCACUGUUUGCAGCCAAGGCAGGCGCACGCAAAGUCAUCGGUAUCGACAUGUCUGGCAUCAUCGAUCAAGCGCAGAUGAUCGUCAAGGCAAACGGGAUGGAAGACGUUAUCACGCUUAUCAAAGGAAAGAUGGAAGAAGUCGAGCUGCCAGAGGGGAUCAAGCAAGUCGAUAUCAUCAUCAGCGAAUGGAUGGGCUACUUCCUACUGUACGAGAGCAUGCUCGAUACCGUCCUGCUCGCUCGCGACAAGUAUCUCGCACCUGGUGGCAUGCUGUUCCCCGACCGCGCAAAGCUCUACAUGGCCGGCAUAGAAGACGCAGACUACAAAGAGGAAAAGAUUGGCUUCUGGGACGACGUCUACGGCUUUGACUACUCAUGCAUCAAGGAGAUUGCGCUCAAGGAACCUCUUGUCGACACCGUGGAUCUUCGGGCCGUCGUGACGCGACCUUGUCUCGUCCGCGACUUCGAUCUACUCAAAGUCACCAAAGAAGAGCUCACUUUCGUUGCGCCAUUCGAACUGACUUGCACAAGAAGAGACUACGUCCAUGCGCUGCUGGCAUGGUUCGAUGUAGCCUUUGAGGCCUCUCAUAAACCCAUCAGCUUCUCUACCGGCCCUCAUGCCAAAUAUACCCAUUGGAAGCAGACCGUCUUCUACCUUGGCGAUGCAGUCACAGUUGAUGAGGACGACGUGAUCAAGGGAAGCAUCGACGUCAAGCCCAACGCGCGAAACCCUCGAGACCUAGACAUCGUCAUCGACUACAAAGCGCAUGGCACAUGGGGCGGCAAGGGCGAACGAAGAGAGUACCGAAUGUGCGCAGCAUUCUAG